AUGGUGCAGCAUUUAAUCUUGUGUGUAGAUGCGUGUGAGCUCACACUGGACCCCAACACAGCACACACACUUCUCUCUCUGUCUGAGGGGAACAGAAAGGUGACACGUGUGGGGUGGGAGCAGUCAUAUCCUGAUCAUCCAGCGAGAUUUGAUUACUUGUAUCAGGUUCUCUGUAGAGAGAGUCUGACUGGACGCUGUUACUGGGAGGUGGAGUGGAGUGAAGAUGCUGCUAUAGCAGUGACAUAUAAAGGAAUCAGCAGGAAAGGAGUCACAGAUGACUGUGUGUUUGGAUUCAAUGUAAAGUCCUGGAGUCUGUACUGCUAUGACAACAGUUACACUGUCUGGCACAAUAAGAAGAGAACUGACAUCUCUGCUCCCCCCUCCAGCUCCAACAGAGUAGGAGUGUAUCUGGACUGGCCUGCUGGCACUCUGUCCUUCUACAGUGUCUCCUCUCACACACUCACACACUUACACACAUUCCACCCCACAUUCACUGAGUCCCUCUAUGCAGGGUUUAGACUUUGGUGGUCUCACUCCUCAGUGCAGAUGUUGUACACAGUAUGA